CUUCCGGAGAAGCUCGCGCCGGGCGGCUGGGGCCCCACGCGGGUCCGGGGCGCCCGCCCAAGUCCUCCGUUUCCAGGGGCGGCGCCGCGGGAGGAGCAGGCUGGGCCCGGGCCCUCGGGGCGAGGGUCUCCCCAGCUGUGGCGGCUCCCGGCUUGCGAGCGCCUCCGCCCACCGCCCGUGGCAGCCAGGCUUUCCGCUUUCCGUGAUCCGCUGGGGCCCACGUGCGGCUCGUUUGUACUUUGCAGUUAGGCAGGCUCUCACCUGUGCUGCGGAGUCCGAGUGAGGCUCCCGCCCCACAGGUGGCGGGGCCUGGCCGCUCAGAGGCUCAGUCUCCUUGGUGACCGCGCCGUGUCCAUUCUCUGCUCACACAUGUGCGCUGGAGGCAGGGCCAAGCCGUUGUGCAAAGACCUGCCCUCCCAGGAACGAGUGCACUGUUCAGUCCUGCAGAUAGAGCUGCCAACCCCGGGGACUGGUGUCUCCUGAGGGACCGUGCAGCGGUGGGCGCCGUAGAAAGCAGAGAAGGCAGUGAACUUUGACCACUUCCAGAUCCUUCGGGCCAUCGGGAAGGGCAGCUUUGGCAAGGCAUCCUGCCGAACAGCCCUGUGCCCCCCAGGUGUGCAUUGUGCAGAAGCGGGACACAGAGAAGAUGUACGCCAUGAAGUACAUGAACAAGCAGCAGUGCAUCGAGCGCGACGAGGUCCGCAACGUCUUCCGGGAGCUGGAGAUCCUGCAGGAGAUUGAGCACGUCUUUCUGGUGAACCUCUGGUACUCCUUCCAGGACGAGGAGGACAUGUUCAUGGUAGUGGACCUGCUUCUGGGUGGGGACCUGCGUUACCACCUGCAGCAGAACGUGCAGUUCUCUGAGGACUCGGUGAGGCUGUACAUCUGCGAGAUGGCGCUGGCCCUUGACUACCUGUGUGGCCAGCACAUCAUCCACAGAGAUGUCAAGCCUGACAACAUUCUCCUGGAUGAGAGAGGACACGCACACCUGACUGACUUCAACAUCGCCACCAUCGUCAAGGACGGGGAGCGGGCAACGGCGUUAGCAGGCACCAAGCCGUACAUGGCUCCAGAGAUCUUCCACUCUUUUGUCAACGGCGGGACUGGCUACUCCUUCGAGGUGGACUGGUGGUCGUUGGGGGUGAUGGCCUAUGAACUGCUGCGAGGCUGGAGGCCCUACGACAUCCACUCCAGCAAUGCUGUGGAGUCCCUGGUGCAGCUGUUCAGCACCGUGAGCGUCCAGUAUGUCCCCACGUGGUCCAGGGAGAUGGUGGCCUUGCUGCGGAAGCUCCUCACUGUGAACCCCGAGCACCGGUUCUCCAGCCUCCAGGACAUGCAGGCGGCCCCUGCGUUGGCCGGUGUGCUGUGGGGCCAUCUGAGCGAGAAGAGGGUGGAGCCGGACUUCGUGCCCAAUAAAGGCCGUCUGCACUGCGACCCCACCUUCGAGUUGGAGGAGAUGAUCCUGGAAUCCAGGCCCCUGCACAAGAAGAAGAAGCGCUUGGCCAAGAACAAGUCCCGGGACAACAGUAGGGACAGCUCCCAGUCCGAGAAUGACUAUCUUCAAGACUGCCUUGAUGCAAUCCAGCAAGACUUCGUGAUUUUUAACAGAGAAAAGUUGAAGAGGAGCCAGGACCUCCCGAGCGAGCCUCUCCCCGCCCCUGAGCCCAGGGAUGCUGCGGAGCCCGUGGAGGACGAGGAACGCUCUGCCCUUCCCAUGUGCGGCCCCAUCUGCCCCUCGGCUGGGAGCGGCUAGGCCGGGAUGCCCGUGAUCCUUACCCCUUGGGCUGCUUUGGAGACUCGGCUGCCAGAGGGCAGGCCAUGGGCCGAGGCCUGGCAUUCACGUUCCCACCCAGCAGCCUGGCUGGCAGUGCCCACAGUGCCCGGACACAUUUCACACCUUGGGCUCGUGGUGCUGCAGGGGACAAGAGGCUGUGGGUGCAGCAGACGCCUGUGGAGGGCAGCAAGGAGGGCAUUGCCUGUGGGCCCCCGAGACCCGCCUGGAUGGAGGAAGCGCUGCUGGGCACUCUCUCACCACUCAUGGGGGGCCGGGGCCAUGGAUGAGACAGGAGUCUUUGUCCCCACUCAGCUCGAGGCUGUGCACAGCCCCCCUCACAAGGUGAGCCCUUGCAGAGCAGGCCGCGGGUGUCCCAGGCUUGGCUCGGUUCUUGGAGGUCAGGGGCACGGGUUGGGGGUAGUGGGUGGGGAGGUGAGUGUUUUCUAGAGAUUCGCACUGCCCCAGCAAUUUCUGUAUCGUUUUCACCUCUGAGAAUUACAAUGUGAGAACCGCUUGGUGUUGCA